CGCCUGGCAAUCAUCAUUCCCUCCAACUCCCUUACCUCCCUUCCCUUUCUCUCUUUCUCUCUCCAACUUUUCUCUUUCUACAACUCAUGCUUUCUCUCUCUCUCUCUAGAAUUUCUAUUCCAAUUCUCUCUUUUUGUGUUUCGCUUUUUCUUCUUCUUCUCACUCAGCUUUUCACUCUUAAAACACUCUCCUGUUAUUUUUCUCUAUUUUUUCUUCAAUUUUUUGGAUCUGGGUUCUGCUUUGUUUCCAGAUUAUCCUCUUCAAAACCAGGUUAUAUCUGUUGUUUCCUCCAGCUUAAGACCUAGAAGAUCAAAACAAUAAAGCUGCAUAAACAGUAUGUCUGUUUCCAUGAGAGAUUUAGAUUCAGCUUUCCAAGGAGCUGGGCAAAAAGCUGGAAUUGAAAUCUGGCGCAUUGAAAACUUCCGCCCUGUUCCUGUUCCAAAGUCAUCUUAUGGAAAAUUUUUCACAGGGGAUUCCUAUGUUAUUUUGAAGACAACUGCCUUAAAAAGUGGUGCCUUACGCCAUGAUAUCCACUAUUGGCUUGGUAAAAAUACAACCCAGGAUGAAGCAGGUGCUGCUGCAGUCAAGACUGUUGAACUUGAUGCUGCUCUUGGAGGGCGUGCUGUUCAAUAUCGUGAAGUACAGGGCCAUGAAACUGAGAAGUUUCUUUCCUAUUUUAAGCCUUGCAUCAUACCCCAAGAAGGUGGGGUUGCAUCUGGAUUCAAACAUGUUGAGGAAGAGGAACAUAAGACACGUUUGUUUGUGUGUAGAGGAAAACAUGUUGUCCAUGUAAAAGAGGUUCCUUUUGCUCGAUCCUCACUCAACCAUGAUGACAUCUUUGUACUGGAUACCAAGGCUAAAAUUUUUCAAUUUAAUGGUUCCAAUUCAUCCAUUCAAGAGAGGGCAAAAGCUCUAGAAGUUGUCCAAUAUAUUAAAGAUACUUAUCAUGAUGGAAAAUGUGAAGUGGCUGCCAUUGAAGAUGGAAAGUUGAUGGCUGAUGCUGAAACUGGAGAAUUUUGGGGAUUCUUUGGUGGCUUUGCUCCACUUCCAAGGAAGACUACUAGUGAGGAGGACAAGACUGUUGGUUCUCAUCCAACCAAGUUACUAAGUGUUGAGAAGGGGCAGGCAGUGCCUGUUGAGGCUGAUUCCCUGACAAGAGAGUUGAUGGACACAAAUAAAUGCUAUAUUUUGGAUUGUGGGUUAGAAGUCUUUGUAUGGAUGGGAAGAAGCACUGCUCUUGAUGAAAGAAAGAGUGCAAGUGGAGCAGCGGAGGAAUUAAUCCGUGCUUCUGAUCGAGUGAAAUCCCACAUAAUUCGUGUAAUUGAGGGAUUUGAGACUGUUAUGUUUCGGUCUAAGUUUGAGUCCUGGCCUUUGGCCACGAAUGUAGCUGUCUCUGAGGAUGGCAGAGGCAAAGUUGCUGCUCUUUUACAACGCCAGGGGGUGAAUGUCAGGGGUCUUUUAAAAGCUGCUCCGGUGAAGGAAGAACCCCAACCAUAUAUUGAUUGCACAGGAAAUUUGCAGGUUUGGCGUGUGAAUGGCCAGGAAAAAGUUCUCCUUCCAGCUGCUGAUCAGUCAAAAUUUUACAGUGGAGACUGCUAUAUUUUUCAGUAUUCCUAUCCUGGAGAAGACAAAGAAGAAUAUCUUAUAGGAACAUGGUUUGGGAAGCAGAGUGUUGAGGAAGAAAGAGUUUCUGCUGUCUCUUUGGCAAGCAAAAUGGUUGAAUCGAUGAAGUUCCUGGCUGCCCAAGCUUGCAUCCAUGAAGGAAGCGAACCUAUUCAAUUCUUCUCAAUCUUCCAGAGCUUUAUUGUGUUCAAGGGUGGUCAUAGUGAUGGAUACAAGAAUUAUAUUGCGGAGAAGGAAAUCCCAGAUGGGACAUACACAGAAGAUGGUGUUGCACUGUUUCGAGUACAGGGUUCUGGACCUGAAAAUAUGCAAGCCAUACAAGUUGAAGCAGUCGCAUCAUCUUUGAACUCGUCCUACUGUUACAUAUUACAUAGUGGUUCCACUGUCUUUACAUGGGCUGGAAACUUAACUUCCCCUGAUGAUCAGGAGCUUAUUGAGAGACAGCUAGAUCUCAUAAAGCCUAAUUUACAAUGCAAGCCACAAAAGGAAGGAUCAGAAUCUGAACUGUUUUGGGAGUUGCUAGGAGGAAAAUCUGAAUACCCAAGCCAAAAGAUUUCAAGGGAACCCGAAGGUGAUCCUCACCUAUUCUCUUGCACAUUUUCAAAAGGGAAUCUGAAGGUGAUGGAGAUAUAUAACUUCACCCAGGAUGAUUUAAUGACUGAAGAUAUAUUCAUUCUAGAUUGUCACUCAGAUAUCUUUGUCUGGGUUGGGCAACAGGUUGAUACCAAGACUAAAUUGCAGGCCCUAACUAUCGGUGAGAAAUUUCUUGAGCAUGAUUUUCUCUUAGAAAGUAUGUCCCAUGAAACUUCAAUAUACAUAGUCAUGGAAGGGAGUGAGCCGCCCUUCUUCACACGUUUCUUCUCAUGGGACUCUGCAAAGUUUACAAUGCACGGAAACUCAUUUCAAAGGAAACUUACCAUAGUGAAAAAUGGGGGUACACCAGUUAUGGAUCCUAAGCGAAGAGCACCUGUAUCAUAUGGAGGAAGGUCUAGUGUGCCAGACAAAUCACAACGUUCCAGAAGUAUGUCCUUCAGCCCUGACCGAGUUCGAGUGAGGGGCAGGUCUCCUGCUUUCAAUGCACUGGCAGCUACAUUUGAGAACCCUAAUGCUAGAAACCUUUCUACUCCACCACCAAUGGUUAGAAAACUGUAUCCAAAAUCUGUGACCCCAGAUUCUGGGAAACUGGCAUCGAAGUCUGCAGCUAUAGCAGCUCUUACUGCUAGUUUCGAACAACCCCCGUCAGCUCGAGAGACUAUCAUACCUAGAUCUGUGAAAGUGAGCCCACCAGCACCGAAAUCAACACCAGAGCCUAACCUUAAAGAGAACUCUGUGAGCAGCAGACUAGAAUCCCUGACUAUACAAGAAGAUGUGCAAGAGGGUGAGGCUGAAGAUGAGGAAGGCCUUCCAGUAUACCCUUAUGAACGUCUUAAAGUAACAUCAACAGAUCCUGUUUCCGAAAUAGACGUGACCAAGCGAGAGACUUACCUGUCAUCUGAGGAGUUCAAGGAGAAGUUUGGGAUGACGAAAGAUGCCUUUUAUAGGUUGCCUAAGUGGAAACAGAACAAGCUUAAAAUGGCUCUUCAACUGUUCUAAGUCUCCAUGACGCAUCUGCCUUUUCUUUAGACCCCUGCAAAUGAGGCUGCAGGUGGAAGAAGACUUGCUUGCAAAUCUUGGGAGAACUCGUUUUCUCAGGAGUGUAAGGGACAGCGUCAGUGCAUUUUUAGCUGCUUCUGCUCCCAAGAAGCUUGUUUCUUCAUUGAUGGACAAAUAUCUGGAUUUCAACCAAUUUUUUCUCAUCUGGUUGUUUGAAUGUCUAGCAAUUCUUCCUUUUUCCCUCUUUAUUUUUGGUUGAGUUAGCUAAUUGGUAUUCUUUUAUGGUCACAGGUUUGUUGUGAGGUUGCAUUUUUGUUUUUUGUUUUGUUUUUGAUUUUCAAAUCUUUAUUUAAAAAAAUUGAUUUAAAUAGAGCAAUUUGAGGGGCUUGCAAAUGCAGACGAUUUAGGUUGUAUUGUACAACUGAGGAUGAAAAGUGUGUACAGCAGAGUGUAAUAACUAGUUCACUCUUCAUUUGUUUUUGGUAAUAAAAGUGUGAUUUUUCUUUUUUUAAAUUUA